AUGCUUCAAACUACACCACCUACUGCAAGGACAUGUACACACUGUGAUGCACAUCUGUUUCACCAUGAAACAUUUGACAUGUGUUGCAAUGGAGAAAAAGUCUCUUUACCCCAAGUAAAUGCUCCUCAGGAAUUAUUUGAAAUCUUCUUGGACCCUUUUGCAGAAGGGAACCAUUUCAGGAAACACAUUCGUGGUUACAAUCAUGUUUUUUCAUUCACUUCAUGCGGUGUACACAUAGGCGAACAAUUAGCUACAUCAAGUCAUGGUAUAUAUACAUUCUGUGCUCAAGGAAUAAUGUACCACAAUAUAGGAGGAUUUCAUCCGGAUCAAAGGCUUGCACAACGACUAGAUGUGCAAGAGUGUAGUUUGGUGAUUAGAGAACAACCUGCUAAUCAACCACAAUACAGUCUCCCAACUGCUUCACAAGUAGCAGCCAUAAUAAUCGGUGAUGACAUUGAAACAAUGGUGCACGGAUGA